AUGAAAUCCGAAAUUGUGAUGGAAUUUUUAGUUGAAUUUUGGUGGAAAAUUAUUGAACAGUAUUGUGGAAAGCCAAAACAAUCAUCAUACAGUAUUCUAUUGAAGGAUUUGAAACAAGAAAUGUCAUCAAAACAGUGCAUGAAACGAUGUGUAAGCCUAUUUUUACAUAUCAACAGAAAAUUCAUGGAAGCACAAACCAAAACAACAACUCCAUUCGAGCAAAUAGCGAUCUUGGGUGAUGAUGGAGUGGGAAAAUCCGGUCUUCUCUUGUUCUAUUUGACAAACUAUUUUUAUGAAUCAUUUGAUCAACACACCAUUGAAGAUAGUUACAGAAUAACAUCAUGCAUCGACAACAAGACAGUAAAUUUGGAAAUAUUGGACACUGCCGGCCCUCCAAAUUUAUUUAGAAAUGUGUACAUACGAAAAGCCAAUUCUUUUAUUUUGGCUUGCGCUGUAGAUAAUAUGCUUAGUGCACAGAAUCUUGACGAUAUUCUUCAACAUAUAUUUUCCUUGAAUGAAGAUGCGCUUAAUGGUGUCUUUGUGUUUGCAAUGAAUAAGUGUGAUUUAUCAACUCAAGUAGGACUGGAGGCCGUUCAUAACGUUGAGGACAUUCUAUUUCGAUUGAUUAACAAGUUGAAUUGGAAUAUUGUGUGUGCCAUUAUCGAAACAAGUUCAAAGAACAAUAUCAACACGACUCUUGUGUUUGAAGAGUGUGUGAGAGGACAUAUUUCAGGGAGAGAUUCCUCUCGAAAUAUUGAUUUACUGAGAAAUAUUGUCAAGAUGGACAAACAAGGUCUUGAACUAUGGUUAGACAACAGUGGUACUACGAAUUGUCUUAUCGUGUAA